AUUAUUAAUUAACGUCACAUUAAUUGUUAAACAAAUGUCACCGAAAGCUCUGGUAUUGUUGGCCACCGGCGCCGAAGAGAUGGAAGUAGUCAUUACUGUUGAUGUCUUGAGGAGAGGAGGCAUUUCGGUUAUAAUGGGCGGCCUUUCGGGCAAAGAUGCGGUCAAAUGCAGUCGCGAUGUAGUGAUAGUUCCGGACAUUUCAUUAUCAGAAGUGAAACAAGAGUUUGAUGUGAUUGUAUUGCCCGGCGGUCUCGAAGGCGCCAAUGCUUUGGCCGCCUCUCCACUCGUCGGACAACUACUUCGACAACAGGAGGACUCAAAGCGAGUGAUAGCAGCCAUAUGUGCGGCGCCUAUAGCUCUGAAAAGCCAUCGAAUUGGACUCAAGAAGAAAAUUACUUCACAUCCGUCUAAAGCGCAAGAACUGAAGUCCGACUACGACUACAGCGAGGAUAGGGUUGUGAUCGAUGGACAGUUGAUUACAAGUCGAGGUCCGGGAACUGCAUUUGAGUUCGCUUUAGCUAUUGUUGACAAACUUAUGGGAAGCGAUAAAGUGAAAGAAAUAUCAGUUCCAAUGAUUCUUAAAGAGUAGUUUAAAA